ACUUCGAUGACGGCAGGUGGCGCUUCGGUCAUAAGACGAGCGUCCUUGCUUAUCCCGAGGCGAAUUUACCCGAUGAGAGCUUCGGAAACCGCGAAUAUACAGGAGUACCGGCGGCACCGACGACGGGCGCAGUGCCCCUGAGCGACGAUGUCGUCCGCCACGACCGCGGCGGAAGAAGGCGAAGGGGCACCGGAAGAAAGCCAAGGGAUGGCACGGCUCGAGUUUUCCGCUGAGGGCGUUCCGGCCCUGGUUGACGGCGGAGUGGUGCUGGACAAUCCGGCGCUCAUGGAGUUCUUCGCGCGCGCCGUGGCGUCUUACAGCAUCCCUGGGCAAGACGGCAUCCAAUCGGGGACGCUGGUGCAGAUCAAUUCCAACACCAUCCUUGCGGUGGCAUCCGUGGACGGCGGUGGGCCCACCGAGGAAGAGAUCAUCGAGGCCGCUUCGACGGUGAUGCUGCCUUCGGUCGAGGAGCAGACGGCAAUCGACGCAGGGCCGGCAGAUGACGUCCCAGCCAAUACCUCCCAGCAGCCGGAGACAACGAUCGACGCGGGGCCGGCGGAUGACGUCUCUGCGGACGCCGACACCGACUGCGUGGAAGGAACGGUUCCAAGCGAGCAGACGGCGGCUCCCGUGGCCACACCAGACGACAUCCACAUUGCACCAAACAUGACUGAGAUGGAUUUUUCCAACCUCCUGAGCGGAAGCGAAGAGGCGGGAUCCGGCGUGCCAUCCACCGUCGUGGUCAGAUCCUCAGACCCGAUGCAACCACCGGAGCAGAUAGAACACCGAGUGAUCCACGUCACCCUGACCGCCGAAGACGUGGAAGGACGUCCGCACGCUGCCAUCACUCACGAGGACGAACCAUGCGUGGAGCCUGUACAAAACAUCGACCACGAUGUGACCGACGUGAUCCAAAGGGCUCUCCUCGGAGGCGACGAAGACGAGGACGUUGGUCCGAGCAAUGCCGGUAAUCCAGUGGAGGGAGUGCACGGAGGAAGUGGAUCUGAAAUUGACGGAACAGACGCCGGAUGUUCCGCUGAUGCGUCUCUUCUGGAGGAAGCUGCAGUGGAUCCCGACGAGCGUCAGCGGCUCGAAGAGGAGAGCCAGUCUGGCAACGGCGUGGGCCAGGAGCCUCCGCCGCCGGGGCAGGGGGGCCAGGACGUGGUGGUGAUUGACGUGACGAACCCGAUCCAGCUCUCCCAGAAUUCCCUGAUCGUAGUGAAUGGCCAGAAGUGCGUGCUGCAACAGGACCCCAGCACGGGACAGGUGGUAGCCUACCCAAUCAGGGAGCCCGAGAAGCCCAAGAAGCGCAGGGGAAGGCCCAGAAAGGUGGUCCAGGACCCACCGGCCGAACCGGAGCCAGCGCCCGCUCCCGCAGUCGAAGAACCGGAGGAAGUUGAAGAGGAGGAAGAGCAGAGCCUCAACAAGCUGGGAGUGGGAACGGUUGAAAUCGUCACCGAAGACGGAGCGCUGGUGCGCAGGAGUUGCAGGCAGAGGCGGAAAGCCAAGAGCAUGAAAGACUACGAGACGAACCUGAAGCUCCAAGACGAGAGCGACGAAGAAGCCCUCGAGGAGGAGGAGGAAGAGCCGGAAGAGGUGCUGCCGGACAUUCCGCCGUGGAAGAAGGCUCGUGGCAGGCCGCCCAAGAAACAGCAGGCCUCCGACAGCUUGGAUCCCUUCUGGAAGAACACGGGCAGUGCGGGCACACCACGCCGCAAGCGGGGCCGUCCACGGAGACAGCAGCCGCCGCAGCCGCGCAAGCCCCCCAUGCAGGCCUUCCUAGUGCAGAUGGCGGACGGCCAGACGCUCAUGAUGCAGAUCCCUGCGGCCAGCAUCCCGCCGGGAAUGGACCUGCAUGACGUGGCGCAGAACAUCGCCAACAGCCUCAAUGCAGCUGCACAACAGCAAGGCAGCAUGGUCCUCCAACAGCAGGGACUGUCGACCACGCCCAAUGGAGACCUGAUGGUCACGCAGACCCUGACCGGUCCCACGUCCGAGGCACAGGCCGGUGCGCCUUCCGACGUCGGGGAUGCUCCGCAGACGACCGAGCACCAAGCGAGCUCUGGCUUAGACGCAGCGGGGCCGGCAUCCCUCGCUCCGGCGACCACCCUCCCGUCCCAGCUGGCCCAGCUGGACUCCAUCCUUCCCCCGCAGUCGGUUAUCCUGGCCAUGGACGGGGUGGCAGACGGACUACUUCUGGGUUCCACGGCCCUGCUCACGUCUCCCCUCGCGGCGGCGGCGGCAGCAGCUCCGACGCCGGUCAAGAGGCGGCCCGGCAGGCCGCGCAAGAGGCCGCCCACCCCGCCUCCGCCGCCUCCUCUUCCCCCUUCUUCCCCGGCGGCAGAGGAGCCGUCUGCGGCCGGAGAUCCACCGGAGACGUCUGGCUUCGUGCGUCCCGACAGCUCUGAAGAGGCCGGAGAAGACCCGGGCAUUCCACGACUCUUGGAAUCCGAGAGUGCAGCCGUUGCAGAGGUGAACAGCACAGCAGAGGAAUCUCCUGCCAUUGCGAGCAGCCUAGCAGAUGCCGUCGCGCAGGUCCUGGCGUCGGACAACGAGAACAACGCGGCAGAGAAUGUUCCCGCAAAACAAGACGCUGCGACGAACGAAGACGGCGAGAUUCGUCAACAACCGCCGCUCGCGGGUGCCGCGGUCGAAGCGGAGGUUGUACCAGAACCACAAGACGUUGCAGCGCCUGCGGUACCGUCUGCUUUGCCGGGUGCCUCUGCUACCGUUAUUCCAGUUCCAGAGAAGCUGGUGCCUAUUUUGAUGCCCAUGCCCAGGGUCGGUCUCAAGUCGACGGAUGCGGAUCUGGAGCGCCUCCAGUGCCAAGUGUGCGAGUUCCAGGCCUACUACCCCAAACAGUUUCAGGAGCACAUCCUGACCCACGAAGACUCAGUGCUCAAGUGCAAGUGCUGCCCCUUCGCCUGCUUCGACGAGAACGAGCUCAUCGCCCACUACAAGGACCAACACCCACGUUGCAUCUGCCCUUACUGCAACCAUACAGCGGAACAUUCGUACAUCGUGAAGCGUCACAUGUUCCGACACACAGAGUGUGGCUGCAAAUGCGACAUCUGCGGCAAGAUAUACAAGGACCAGUACAUCCUCAAAAUGCACGUCAAGAUGGUGCACAUGCCAGUGGAGGUGCUCUUUGAGUGCAGCGUCUGCCUCAAGAAAUUCAACCGCAAGGCCCACCUCAAGCGGCACGUGCGCACCCACAACCCCACCAAGCCUUUCAAGUGCCAGCUCUGCGACUACAGAGGCUGCGAGCGAUCUGACAUCACCAAGCACAUGCUCAUCCACGAGGAGCCCAAGCACACGUGCGACAUUUGCGGACGUUGCUUCCGCCACAUCAAGAACAAGGAACUCCACCUCAAGCGGCACAAGGGCCAGAAGGACUACAAGUGCGGGGUGUGCGAGUUCUACGGCUACACCUUCACGGACAUCCGCAAGCACAUUGAGCGCAAGCACUCGGAUCCAAGGACCAUCUUGUGCGACCGCUGCGGGCAGGCCUUCAAGACGCAGGCGUUCUUGAAGGAGCACAAGAUGAGCGUCCAGUGCGAGGUGUACAUGAUCGAGCAAGAGCUCACGGAGUACGACCCGGCUGUGACGCAAAUGACCGACUCGGCUGAGGACUGCACUGGCGAAGCGCAGGAGGACAUGGUCACCGAAGAGCACCAGCAGUUGCAAGCCAAUCACACAGAGGAGCUGGCAACUCUGGAGCUGACAGAUGAAUCUCUGGCGACGCUGAGCAGCCUUGCCAACGGGCAGCAGAUCUUUGUGCGCAAGGUGGACGGGGCGGACGGACAGUAUGCCAUCCUCACGACGGCAGAUGGCGAGGGACAGGAGAUUACGUACAUCAGCGAAGGUGGACUGGCGGUCGAGCUGGGACAAGCGGCCGUCGGAAACAGCGAAGUGGGCGAGGAAGAAAGUCCGGCUGCCGUCGAAGAAUCUCGGCAGGCGGCAGACAACGCCGGGGACCAAGUUUCGGCGCCUGUCAAAACCGAAAGUGCCGAGAUCCUGGAUGUGUGAACAUUACGGGACACCGCGUGUGCCUCCUCAAGUUUAUGCGGUCCUUUGGAAGAAAUGUGAACAUAGCCGUAUUUUCAAGGAACCACCGUUUGACUGGGCGGCAGCGAAAAGUCCUGGAGCAAGGACAGCAAAAGGGCAGCAAAUUGGUUGUUCCUUUGUUGCCCUUAAAGCGUUAUUUAUUGUUAAAAACUUAAUUUUUUGUUGCAUCCCGCGAGGCUACGGAAUGAAACGGGCAGUUGGAAUUUUUCUCUGCAAUGUUCUCCCCGAAUUAGCGAUACACCUUGUACAUCAAGAAACAAGUAUUUCUUUGUAUUACGAAUGGUAGUCACUAACCUCGCUAUGUUGUCGGCUUAUUUACAUGUCCCAUGCUUUUUCUGGCAUCAUGCAGCAGACGGGAGAAGUGGUAAAGUUGGGACGGUGCCCCCUCUAAAUCGAAUUAGGGGAGGACUAGAUGUGCAGUGGAUUACUGUGAAACAUUUCGUGCCGUUUACUCGCGACUUGGGGGGCAUUGUGUGGCUUGCCUCUUUGUGAGUGGGGCAUGAAAGAUGUAGUUUCUACGUCAUUACGUCUUGCUUGUUGGACCUUGGGGGCGCUCGGUAAUUUAUUUCGAUCAACUGCUGUACAGAAUCAUGAAGUGGAGCCCGUGCUGAAACAAUGCACAUUCACAUCUCGUCUGUUUGCCACUACUAUACUGGAAGGUGAAGUUAGCAAAAUGGCCAAGCUUUGCCAGCAUUGUCCACUGAAACCUGUACAUACUGUACAUACGGAAGAUUGGUGCUUAUUUUUCCAUGUGUUAAAGUGUUAAUUUGUGUCAUAAUUCCUCGUAUGUUAUUCUCGGGCACUGGAAAGCAGCCAGGAAAUCUCCGAGUGCAAACUGCCAAAGGCUUCAAUACAAUAUUUUGUUAAAAAAACAUGCCUCUUGGAGCAUCAAUUCACAAACGCGUUUAAAGUUUUGGUGUUACAAUUUGGAGGAUGGCUUUCUGUUCGGCAAAGCAAGAUAAAAUUACAAGAUGUGUCAGGCCAAUAGGGCAACAAUGGGACUUGUCAAAAAUGUAACAAGUAAAUGAAAAAAAAAA